AGCGUUGUGCUGUUUUAUUCUAUGCGAGGUGGUUCUCGUCGUCCGUCAUCCCUCUUCACUAACCGUCUUUUGCUUGGUCUCGUCAACUGUUGCUUUCCCGGUGCUUGCAGCUCGAGAGCGAGGCUUCAGAUGGCCGAUCCCGUUGUUGUACCACCACGUGAGAAGCACACAGCCACUAUAAUCUUCCUUCAUGGACUUGGUGAUACGGGCUAUGGCUGGUCGCCAGUGUUCCAAAGCGAAAUUCGACACGAUCAUAUCAAAUACAUCUGCCCCCAUGCGCCAGUAAGACCAGUGGCACUGAACUGUGGUAUGGAAAUGCCAGCGUGGUUUAAUCUUUUUGGGAUAACUCCGGAUGCGGAAGAGGACGAUGAGGGCAUCGCCGAAUCCACGAUGAUCGUACAUUCGAUUAUCGAGGCUGAAAUUCGUUCAGGCAUACCGGCAGAGCGUGUGAUGUUGGGCGGCUUCUCAAUGGGAGGUGCACUGGCAUUGUAUGCUGGAAUAACAUAUGACAAGCCACUUGCUGGAAUCAUUGCAUUAAGUUCAUUUUUGGUGCAACGAACCAAAUUGCCUGGAAAUCAUACAGCGAACAAGAAUGUCCACAUAUUCAUGGGUCACGGUGGUCAGGAUUUCUUAGUGCGUCUUUCUUUCGCUCAGAUGACCGAGGCGUUUAUCAAGGCUUUCAAUCCAAACAUACGGUUAAAUGUGUAUCCAAAGAUGCUCCAUAGCAGCUGUCCUGAGGUAAUCUCAUUUUUUUUUUCAGUCAUAUCAAAAUGA